AUGACUCCGGAUCGCUUGUUUCCCAGACACCUGAGAAGCCCAGGGGAUGAUGGCUACCGAACCCCAACCAUUGAAGAUACCCAAAAUGACCUUGCAGGAAAUACUGGCGGCGAUUCUUACUUUCACCCUAGAGGAUCUAUAAUAAGCCAAGCCCACACCUCGGCAUUAGACGCCAUUCACAGCUCUUCAUAUCGCAAGUCUGAAGGAGAUGGAGACGAGGGUGUGGAUGGAAUGGCUUACCCCCAGAGUGAAGCCGAAACCAGACCAACUGGUCUUGGAUGGAAGAAGCGUAUUCGUCACAUUACCUGGGCAUAUUUCACCCUGACUAUGGCAACUGGGGGAAUCGCAAAUGUUUUGUACUUUGGUGAGUGUGCCCUUGUCUUAUUACCCUAUAGAUUUCGCGGCUUGGAAACCAUUGGAAUUAUCUUCUUCCUAGCCAACUUGUUCCUCUACAUCUUAAUUUGGUGUCUUUUGAUCACACGAUUCUACCUAUACCCUUACACUUUCAAAGCAUCCUUCCUGCAUCCGACAGAGUCAUUAUUUGUUCCGGCUUCGCUGGUCUCUUUCGGGACGAUUCUGAUCAAUAUCUCACAAUAUGGACCCGACCACACAGGGCCCUGGCUUACAUAUGCGGUCGGAAUCUUAUUUUGGAUUGAUGCAGCCCUGGCAGUCAUCUCUUCUGCCGCUAUUUACCUCAUUCUGUGGUCGACCCAGACAUUUACGAUUGCACAAAUGACACCUAUUUGGAUCUUCCCUGCGUACCCAAUGCUUAUAAUAGGCCCUCAUGCUGGGAUCCUGAGCUCCAAACUUGAGCCUGCUCGCUCUUUGCGAAUCAUAAUUGGUGGUACCACUAUCCAAGGCGUUGGCUUCUUGGUAUCUCUGAUGGUGUACUCGGCUUUUAUCUACCGGCUGAUGUCGCAAAAGCUCCCCCGAGAAAAUGUCCGACCUGGUAUGUUCGUGUCGGUUGGUCCCAGUGCGUUUACCGUGUCUGGGAUUGUCAAUAUGGCAGCCCAUGCCAAAAGAAGCUUCCCGGAGGAUUUCAUGGGCAAUGGUGCAUUAGCUGCAGACAUUGUGAAAGUUGUUGCUAAUUUUUCCUGCUUAUGGCUAUGGGGGCUAGCAAUAUUCUUCUUCUUCAUUGCCAGCUUCGCACAUUGGUCUGCCAUUGGACCGGGCCGGAUGGUCUUUUCGAUGGCAUGGUUCUCAUUCGUAUUCCCGAACACGGCACUGAUAACGGCAACCUUUGCAAUUGGAAAGGCCUUUUCUUGCAAGGCAAUAUCCAUCAUCGGCUGCGCUAUGGUGUUUCCGCUAAUCUUGAUGUAUAUUUUUGUCUGUUAUAUGAUGGUGCGUGCCAUCGUGCACCGCCAAAUACUUUGGCCUCAAAAAGGAGAAGAUAAAGAUGAAGGAGGCUUUGAGGUCAACCGAAUAAAGCCUGAGUCGCCAGGUGAGAAUACACCUGUAUAAAGGCGUGCCAAAGUCUCGCUCUUGCAGGCGAAUGGAAGUUGUUACUGAGAGGGGAUGAAGAUGAAAUCUUCGAAGGCUUUCU